UUAAAAAAAAAACAUUUCUUUCUUAGUUUUUCAGAUAAUUAGAAAGAAACCAAACCAUGGUAAAAGAAAAGAAAAGGGAAUCACAAAUUUAGAGGCUUGCUAGAUAGCAAGAAGAGUACCCUUUUGUCUCUGAUAGAACCAGUUAGAACAUUUGGAAUGGUGCCUCUGCAACAGAAGCUCUUGAAUUCGAUCCAACCAAAAAACAACAAAGCAAACUAGUGGGUCAGGUGAAGAGCGUAUUGUGUGAUUUGAAGAGCAUGUGUAUGGAGAUGUGUUUGUCAGAUGCUGACACCUCUUUGCGUAUCAAUCAUGCAAUGCAAUAACCCUGCCGCCAAUUAUACUCUUCUCUUCUCUGCACUCUUUUCUCGCAACUUUUCACACCCUUUAUCUUUCCCAUUUGAAAAAAAUAUUCAUUUCAGUCCAUCUUAAUUUUAUUUUCCUCAUCCGAACACAACCGUACCAACCCACCAAAUAAUUUCUGGUAUUUCACCAAAUAUUUGGCGCAGGUUGUUUGUAAUGUUAUGUUCUGUACACCUACCUGUAGCGGUAUAGUACAACAAACAAAUUCCUUUCCUUUAUUUUGUAUUUUUUUUUCUAUUGGUUAUUCGAUAUUAAUUAUGUUCCUGUUUAGUGGAUACUGUCCUAUUCCUUGUUUUUUGUUCUAAAAUUUGCUGCCUAAACUGGCCUAUGGAAAUCGGAUUUUUUUCUUAAUCUGAAAGCUCUCUGUCCUUUUUGGUUAACCUAUGAAUUAGGCUAUAUUUGUUCAAAGAAAAUCAAUUCCCUGGGUUAUAUAGUUUGUAGUUUUGUGGCCUGAGUUUGUUUGAAUCGAGAGAGAAAGAAGAGGGGUUUGUUCUUGUUGGGGAUGCAUAUUGAGGGUGGUGGAGGAAACAAUGGCGAAUCUGGUACCGGGGGUGCUUCUGAAGCUUCUGCAGCACAUGAACACGGAUGUGAAGGUCGGUGGUGAGCACAGGUCUUCGCUGUUGCAGGUUGUGAGCAUUGUUCCGGCACUUGCAGGGGGCGAACUUUUCCCAAAUCAAGGUUUUUACCUCAAAGUCUCUGAUUCAUCUCAUGCUACUUAUGUUUCUCUCCCUGAUGAACAUGAUGAUCUCAUUCUCAGUGAUAAGAUUCAGUUGGGUCAGUUUGUGUUUGUUGAUCGUUUGGAGGGUGCUUCUCCCGUCCCCAUUCUGAGAGGGGUUAGGCCUGUUCCUGGGAGACACCCUUGUGUUGGAACCCCUGAGGAUAUUGUUGCGACUCAUUCCCUUGCUUUCCUUGACAAUGAUAAGGACAACAAUGGGGUUUCUUCUGGUGUUUCUGACAUGGAUAGAUCGAAGUCUCCGAGGAAAGCUUAUAGCGGUGCGGUUGGAGAGAAGGAGAAGAAAGAGAGAGUGAGAUCAAAUGGUGGUGUUGUGAGUGGUAAGGAGGAAGUACAAUCCAGCAAGAUUAGUGCUGUGUUUGCUAGGGGCAAAUCUCAGCCUCAGCCAGUGAAGCCUCCACUCAAGAUUGAGGUGAAGAGGGAGUCUUUGACUAGAUUGAGGUCUACCAAUUCGCGGUCCAUUCCUUCGUCACCGAGUAGUUGCUACUCCUUGCCGACCUCAUUUGAGAAAUUUGCCAAUGGGGUCAGGCAACACCAGACUAAGGUUGGGGCUAAGGUGGGAGUGGUGGAGACGGGAAAGUUGGUUCGUGGGCCCAGUGGUCCUGCUGGAAAGAAAAUUGCGAAUCCGGUUAGAAAUUUGGUGCAGGGAAUUGAGCUGGGGACUAAGGCUCUGCGGAAGAGCUGGGAAGGGAGUAUUGAGGUUAAGACUAGAGAGUCCUCCAAAACCAAGUUUGCAACCAAGUUUGAUCCUAAGCCUGAACUAAGUACUCCUAGGAGAAGAAGCAUUUCAAUCAGAAAUGGGCCGUCUAAAGAGGAGGAGAAGAUUCAAGCACCAACAAAACCCUCUAAGGAACAACUCAAGACUCAAACGUCUGCAAAGAAGGCUAAUGCUAAUGGAACUACAGCAGAACCAGAAAAGUCAAGCAAGCAAAGAACUUCCACCGGAAAGAAAGCAGAAGUUUCUAACCUCCCUGGAAAUUUGGUCAAAGUUUCUCUAAGUAAUAGAAAAGUGACAGAUGCGACUGUUCAAUGGGCUUCACUCCCAUCAUCUAUUUCAAAGCUUGGAAAGGAAGUAAUGAUGCAGAGAGAUGCAGCACAGAUAGCAGCGACUGAGGCUAUGCAAGAGGCUGCUGCUGCAGAGAGUUUACUGCAAUGUCUAAGAACAUAUUCAGAGCUAACGAAUUCUGCUAAGGAACAUAACCCACAGCCAGCAGUAGAGCAGUUUUUAACUCUUCAUGCUAGCUUGAAUAGUACCCGGACAAUAGCUGAAUCCUUAACAAAACACAUCCCAGAUUGUUCAUCUCCAGAUUAUGACAAGGGUACAGCGGAAGACAUACUAAAAGUAAAAUCAGAUAGACAAAAACAAGCGGUUUCCUGGGUCCAGGCAGCCUUGACCACCAAUCUGUCAUCCUUUGCUGUUUUUACAAGAGAAACUCAAACAUCGAGGCCUCCAGCUUCAAGCAGCUCUCAAAACCAAAAGACUGUUGUGGGAAAUCAACCCAUGUUAGUUCUACACAAUUCAAGUGAAGAUGCUUCAUCAAAAGUUCAUGCAAAGACCCGUCUGACAUCUAAUUCUAAGCAUGCCUCACAAGGAACUCUACGCAAACCAGGUGAUGGGUUAUUAAAUGGGCAGAAGCAGCUAGUCCAACCACAACCACCUCCUGAAUGGGUUAGAGGAAAUGGCCUCAAUGAGGUGGUUAAUUUGGUCGAAACUUUGCAUUUACAAUCCCGGGACUGGUUUUUGGGUUUUGUUGAGAGGUUUUUAGACAGUGAUGGGGACACUAACUUGUCAGGUAAUGACCAAAUAGCAGGUAUGCUCACUCAAUUGAAGAGUGUUAAUGACUGGUUAGAUGAAAUUGUUUCAAGCAAGGAUGAGGGAGAAUCAUGCCAGAUAUCAGCAGAGACAAUUGACCGGUUGAGGAAGAAAAUAUAUGAAUAUCUUCUUACACAUGUUGAGUCUGCUGCUGCUGCACUCAGUGGUGGAUCACAAUCGUCACCUCAGAUCCAAACAACAACACAGAUUAAAGCCAAAAGGUGAAUGAGUACAUAGCUUAGCUUAACUAUGCAUGAUUAGUAGGGAUCAGUGGGUAUAAACUUGGUCACUAAAAGCUGUCCAAGGUCCCCUUUAAAUUUCACUUAUUUUUUUCCCCUCCUUCGUCUGUUUGUACAUAAAUCCUACAUGGGGUUUGAGGUAUAGAUGGAAUCUAAUUUUUACUAGGGGAGAUAGCAAAUUUGUGAGGAUAUUUUUCUUUCAUUUUUCUGAAUACUGUUCAGGUGAAAUUAUACAAAUUGAAACAGUCGAAGAUAUAAGCUGACAUGAUCUUUUCCAAUGCC